AGCUCAAACCCCGUUUUUUCGGUCUCUCCAAACGAAGGCAAAACCGGUUUUUUCCAAAUGAAGUAGCAAAUCCACGACAUCCUCUCCGCCUCUCAGUCUCUCUCUCUCUCUCGCUCUGUCUCUUCUCUUCCGUCGCCGGUGGUACCUGAUUUUUGCAGGUUAUCUUUCUGGUGGUUUGUGUUGAUAAGUUGUUGAUUUGAUAUUCUUUGGGUCUUUUUCUUUUGAUUUUUCAGGUUAGUCUUUAAUUCCUCAUCACCCUUUAUUGCUACUCACAAAUUGAGAUUUCGUCACUGCAGGGUGCCUUUCCAAAAAUAAAACUUAGGCUGAUGCAACUGGAAAAGGGUUAAAGUUGUAGGUCCUUUUCAUAUUUUGGAACGUAAAGUUCUUAUUGUUUGCAGGAACUCGUUCAACAUCCUAAGGGAGCAUUAGAUGGCGCAAUCACAUUCAUCAGUUCACUCUGAUGCUGAAGAAGUUGGCCCAGGGGAUGAAGUUGCUGGCUCAUAUGGGUCCCAGCCUGUGUCUUUAACUAGGAAUGAUCCUAUGGGGCGACAAGAGAUACAAUUACGUGAAGGAAGACUGGUUCUUAUCGAUCAAAAUGGUGGUGUUGUAGAUGCUUUUGGACCAUCCAUCGAUACAGGUGGAUCGAUUGGUCAUGCUGAGACAUCUGAUAGAUUAGAUGUUGGACAAGAGAUGACACAGUCAACUGAAAGUAUUAAUGAUAACCAAAUAUAUAUAGAUGUUGUUGGAAGUAAUAAAAAACGGAGAAUACAUGGUCAUGGCUCUCAAGUAGCACAACCCUCUGGUGCAUCUUUAUCAAGUGAAGCACAAAAUGCUGCUUUACUACAACGAAUUAAGAAAUUGGAGGAACAAAUUGAAGUUGAUAGACAAGAAAGGAGGGAGCUGAGGAAGGAGUUCGAUGAGUUCAAGGCCUCUAUAAUGGAGCUGAUAGCUAAAUUAGUCAGUAGUUUACCAACUCUUUCACCUUCUAUACCACCUCAUAAUUGAUGUUCCAUGUACUUUUAAGAUUAGUCUAAGAGAUGUUAGUAUUUGUUUUAUGACAUAUAUUUGUAGCACAUCAAAAUUGAAAUAGAGUUUAAGUUAAUUGUUUUAUCA